AUGUGUUUCUCCCAGGGAGCCUAUGUUGAUCCAGCAGUGAAUCAUUUCCUCAUUGCAAUUAAAAACAAUUCAAUUAAUUUUUAUAAUAUUUCGAAUAUUUGGGGACCAUUUUCGAAUAGCGAUCUUGAAAUUAUGAAAAAUUCCCCAAGACUUGUGCAUAAUUUGGAGCAUUUAACAAUUAGAGAUAUUCAAGGUCGUGAUAGGGAAGGAUUUAAAUUUAAUAGUAUUUCACAUUUUUACAAAUUGAAAUCUUUGGAUAUUAUGGAAUCAAUAAUUGAUAACCAAGAAUAUUAUAAAUUGAUGAAUAGUAAAAUGAGUUUGCCUAAUUUGGUAAAUUUGUUAGUAGAUUCAUCCGUUAACGAAGUAGAAGAAGUUGCUGGACUAUCCAUUAAGCCACAACUUUAUUCCUUGGAAAUGAGAACUAAAUUUGACUGUUGGUCAUAUUCUAUGACCAAAUUGACACAUUUGGAAUACAGUAAUUUGAGAAAAUUGAGUGUAAAUUUAAAAGACCUUAAUAGAAUUUCUAAUAAUUUAGAAGAAUUUAUACUUGAACAAGGAAAUAUUGAAAACUUUUCAGAAUUUGCAAAAUGCGAAUUCAAUAAUUUAGUCAGCCUUACCAUUUCAAGUAAAUCAAUUUGGAAGGAUUUCUUGGAAACUAUCACAGAAUUCAAACCUCUCAAGCUGAAAAGACUAAAAAUUUCAACAUUUGGUCUCAUUGAUUUUCAUUUAAUCAAGAAUAUUUGUGAUUUGGAACAAUUGACCAGUCUUGACGUUCCAGACUGUGGUAUUGAUUCAAUAUUUGAGGAAUAUGAAUGGAAGAAUUUGAAACGAUUAAAUAUUUCUGAAAAUCGUCUUUGUACGAAAGCAAUUUCCAUUAUUGAGAAUAUGCCAUCAUUGAUUUAUCUAUCCAUGAAUAACAGCCGUUUGAAAGAUCAUGAGAGUGAGAUUGUUUGUGGAAUAGGGCUAAAAAGGGAUAGAAUUAGAUUUAUUGAUAUUGGAAAAUCUGUAAAUACUGCCAAUGCGGAUUUUGAAAGUAAUGUUGCAUUCCUUGAUUCACUUUCGGAUAUUAAAAUAUUAGAAACCAAUCAAACAAAUGAUACUGUAUCAUCUUUCCAAAUCAAUGAGAGAAUGAAAAUGAGGAUUAAUCAACUCUGUGGUCUCACAUUCAAGGAUUUUGAAUUUAAAUACCAAAAACCUCUUUCCUUUACAAUUGAAUAUUCCAUAGUUGGAAGGAAUAAUAAGAAAGAAAUUCACAAAACAAGAAAUAUCUUUCCUCAAAGUUUGAGUUGCUUAGAUUGGAAUGAAGAGGUUUUAUUUGAUUCACUAAUUUCAGAAAUAUCAUGUGAUUAUUGCAUCGAUUUUUCACUUGUUAUGGAAACAGAGUGUUCUGAAACUGGAUUACCAAGAAAAGUUGUUUUUAAAGAUCACUUUGAAUGUCCAGUUUUUGAUUCAAAUAUGAAAUUACUUCAAGGGAAUGUCAGGCUUUUUGCAAAAGGUGCAAAAAACUCACAAAUUUCUCUAGACAUUGAGUUUCCAACUUAUGAUUCAAUUAUUGAAUAUGAUUUUGAUAGAAUACCAAACCAUCCAUUAUCUUUGAUUCAAAACAAUGUGAGUGAUUCAAAUUUAGAAACUUAUUUGGAAGGAAAUAAGUGGGAUAUGAAUGAGCCUUCGCAUUUUGUUCCAUUUCUUUAUGGAAUUUCAUUCGAAACCCCAAUGAUCAUUUAUGAAGCUAACCAAACAUUAGGAAAAUGGAAGAAACCAAAUAUUAUUGAGAUGAUAUCACUCUUCUCCGAGAAUAUUGGAAUAUUUUCGAAACUGGUAUUAAUCAAAUGCCUAGAAGAAACAUCAGAUGAUUUAUUUUCUGAUAUUUUACCAUUUCUUGUUCAUUGUAUCAAAUACGAGAAUGAAUAUGGAGUUUUAGCUGAAUACCUUCUCAAGAAUAGAUGUCUGAAAUCAAAAUUAUUUGGAAAUCAAUUAUUUUGGCUUCUGAAAGUGGAAUCUUCCUAUGCAGUCUGCAAACUAAUCCUAAUGAAAUAUUUGAAAAUGAUUGACACUGAAUAUUACAAAAUAAUAAGAUAUCAGAGCUCAUUUUUGGAUUAUCUUGAUACGGUGCAAUCAAUACAAAUUGAUUUUCCAUUCUUGAUACCGUUUACAAUGAAAGAAGUCAAACCUGGUAUUUAUUUAAUAACUAAAUCUGAAGAUUAUUCAACUAUUGAAUUGGAACUUGCUAAUGGAGAAAAUGUGAUACUGAGCUUUCAAAGAUAUUCUCACCAUGCUUUUGUAUUGAAUAAUUUUAUGAAAAUUUUCAAGAAUUCCUUCCUCAAUAAUCAAAACAAUGAAAACAAUGGAGCAUUAGUACCAAAAAUUGACUAUAACUCUAGUAUCAUUGAAUAUUGCCCAAUUAGUAAUUACACUGGUUUCAUACUCAUUCCAAAAUCAGUGCAUAGAAUGCCUGACAAUUUUUCAAUUCAAGACUUGGAAGCAAAAUCUCAAACAUUCAAGGACAAUGCAGUCACUGGCAUGAUUUAUGACUAUUUCAUUAGACGCAUUUUCAGAAUCAGGAAAAAUGAUGAAAUUUAUAUGGAUGUGCAAGGACAUGUUGCAAGAUGUGGGUUUUCACCGUGUUUUAAGAUUAGAUUUAGGAUAGAAAGCUUGCGUGAAGUAGUUCAACACAUGACAGACAAUAAUCUAUUCAAAAUUUCAAUUCUCAGUUAUGCAACAAUAUUCAAAGAGAAUCAACAAACAAUCUAUAGAUUCUUGGAACCGUUUAUUGGGCCGGGGUUGCAUGCAGACGCAAUGUCAAGCUUGGAUAAGUUGCCCAUAGAAAUUGAAAAAUGUUUGAGGAAACAAAUUUUCACAACUCAUGAGUGUUCCAAAAAACGAAAACCUUAG